AUAAACAUAUAAAUUAACACAUAUUAUAAAUAAACACAGAUUAAUAUGAAGUUGACCAUAAAUGAAGUGGUAUAAAGGAGGUUUUCCUCUGUGAAACAGUCUGAUUAAAACAUGAUGAUGAUGAUGAGGAGGAGGAAGAAGCCCAGUCCACUGGAGGAGGCCACACACUUCAGCCUUAAGAAGGAAGAUCAAGAUGGCCUGGAAGCUCAGUUUAUAAAUGAGUUUAAAGGGAGAGGUGUGUUUAGUUGUACUGACUUUGAUAAGGGAGAUUUCCUAUUGGAGUACAGAGGAGAUCUCAUAAGCAGAGAAGAAUGUGAGCGGAGGCGAAGAAUAUAUCAUGAUGCCCUCAAAGUGUUCAUUGUUGAUGCAGCCCUGGAUGAUGGCUCCCUUGGGAGACUGGUGAAUGAUGACCAUAUAAAACCAAACUGCAGAAUGAAGACCAUCCGUGUGGAUGGUAACUCUCAUCUUUGUUUAUUUGCCAUAAGAAGCAUCUGUCCUGGUGAAGAGAUCACAUACAAUUACGGCGAUUCUGAGUGGCCAUGGCGAUGCAAGAUGACAUCGUCUAAGAAUUCACCACCUCCAGAACAAAAAGAUACAGCAGAUAAAAAGGCAUUCAAAAAGGUGAUGUAG